AUGGAUCCCCAGAACCGAGGAGCAACCGGAGGAGGAGCUAGUAGCGCCAGCAGGUUCCUGGGCUACAGCCGCCUCGCCAGGCCUCGCUCCAUGCGAGCCUGCCGCGUUCGUUCUCUCAAGCCGUUGCCGGACAGUUUCUCCAGGACGCCAGCAGCAGUGGAGAGCCCGAGUGCGAUGGUGGUGGCGGCCGAGACAGGAGUAAAAAACCCGCUACCACUGCUGCGGCUGCGGCUGCCGCUGCCGCUGCUGCUGCCAAGCAUGGUGAUUCUUUCAUUCGUGUUUCUUCUUUCCAUUCUGAAUGCUUGGCUUUCAGCUGGCUCGUUUCGCAAGAGAAGGUACCAGAACGAUCCUCCCUUUACUGCUCGACAAGGAGGAGGAGGAGCUCGCGGCUCGUCGUCCAAGCGGAAGAAAUCCCCGGAUGACGCUGGAAGUGCCGACGAUAUGUCGCAAGGAUCUCUGGAUAAUAUGAUGAGCAUCGACUUCGAAGCCAAGGCGGCAACGCCAACACCAUCAUCGGCCAGUGGAUCAUCGUCUCCUCGAAAAACAGUAAAACUCAGCAUCAAAUCCUUCACGGUUCCAGAGCUUCUCAUCGACAUGCCAGAGUCUGCAACUGUAGCCAGCCUCAAGAAAGCUGUGCUGGAUGCAACGAUGAACCUGCUGGGUGGUGGCCUGAGAAUUCGUGUUUUCCUCCACGGCAAGAGAGUCCCUGACGAGGAAGCCACACUGGCUCAAGUCGGGCUUUCCGCUCAGGCUGGAAAGAGCGGCUCUCUGGGAUUUAUGUUGGAGCCAGCAUCCUCUUCCAACUCCGAGGAUGCUCUCCUCGGACUCUCUCAAGCAGCCAGCCAGCCAGGAACUUGGCACCCGACUUUGGCCGUGAGCACGGACGGGAGCUGGGCCGUGGUAGAAGGCCAAGAGAAAAUGGAAGACGCUGUGAUUGAGACAGAUGCUCGGCUCGCAUGCUCGCUGGUUUCGGGUGGUGGUGGUGAUGGACAGGCACAGAUAAAUGCCAAAUGGACUGGUACAACAACACACCUGCUUUGUUUAGACGGAUGCCAUAAAAACAAUCUGAGAACAUAUAAAGCAACACGGGUGACAGCGGCUGGGGGUAUGACCUUUCAUUUACAGCACACAAGAACAAGGAACAAAAGAACGAACAAAAACCAAGAAAGGAUAACAAUUCACAGGCUCUUUUCUUUGUUUCUCUCGUGAGAGUGAGUGAUCGUUCUCUCCAUCUUCUUCUUCUUCCAGAUGUCGAGCAAGCAGGAGCCAUCGUCCAGCAUCCGACACUAGGAGGGGACAACUCGUCGCAGAGCCUGGCUAUGGUUUCGUUGCGGCAGAAGCAGCUCACCAUCGAAGGCACCAAGCGCAGGAUACGAAGGCCCUUUACAAUCUCUGAGGUGGAAGCUCUUGUCUACGCCGUGGAAAAGCUCGGCCUUGGAAGAUGGCGUGACGUGAAGCUGUGGGCUUUCGAUCAAGCCAAGCACCGGACUUACGUCGACUUGAAGGACAAGUGGAAGACUCUAGUUCACACGGCACGGAUUGCGCCGCACCAACGCAGGGGCGAGCCCGUCCCUCAGGAGCUACUCGAGAGGGUGAUACGAGCUCAAAACUACUGGACGGCGAGGCAGGCAAAGCAGCAAGCCGAGCUCGAUUUCUAGACAUUCUUUCUCCCAUUUUGAUUUAUCUUAUAUUUCUAUACUGCACAGCUCCACAGCUAAACAGCUAAGCUCGCUCGCAAAGUUUUUGCAAGCAGUUGUGCAUGCGGUUGUAAGAGGCCGAGCAGCGGUUUAACUGAAACAUGCCUUCAACGU